AGACCUCUCUUGUUUUGGGAUCCUUGCGUAUUUAGCAUUGGGGGUUCGAUUUCGAUACUAACACCUUUGUCUUUAUGCGGACAAAUCAUGGACCCUCAACCUGAUACAGUCUGACUUCAAUAAAACUCGACGACCACUACCAAUUCGUUCAAGCUACUUAGUAUGAGAAUUCUUUCUAAUUCUUAGUAAUAUAACGUCAUUUCUUCGUAAUUUUUGUGGCCAUGGAGUGCCAUAAUUGGUUUUCAUCAGUUUGAUAACUUAAAGGGAUGAGUCUGUUGUACGGUCAGAAUCUGUAUUCCUAACUGUGGGGUUUCUGGUUUGGUAAAAGUUUGCCUCUGAUAUGCUUCCGGAGAGACAAAGAACUGAAAGAACUUGAGCUCGAGAAUUGCAUAUAAAUGACAAAUGUAUCAACCAAACGGUGCUCCUAGUUCAGGCUUAAUCCAGAAUAAUUUGUUAGUCCAUGGUCAAUAUUUAGACUGUGGCACCAAUACAAUGGACAAUGUCAAUGGAGCGAAAAGUCCCAGCAACUCUAAUCUUGCCUCAAAGCAGCGACUGCGUUGGACACAUGAGCUUCAUGAACGCUUUGUUGAUGCCGUGGCGCAACUCGGUGGGCCAGAUCGUGCAACACCCAAAGGUGUUUUGAGAGUGAUGGGUGUACAAGGUUUAACCAUAUACCAUGUAAAGAGCCAUUUACAGAAAUAUCGACUUGCAAAGUACCUACCCGACUCCUCAUCUGAUGGGGGAAAAGCUGACAAGAAAGAACCAGGAGACAUGCUUUCCAAUGUGGAUGGUUCAUCUGGAAUGCAAAUUACGGAAGCAUUAAAGCUGCAAAUGGAGGUGCAGAAGCGACUGCAUGAACAAUUAGAGGUACAGAGACAGCUACAGUUACGGAUAGAAGCACAAGGUAAAUACUUGAAGAAAAUUAUCGAAGAGCAACAACGACUUAGUGGAGUUCUUUCAGAAGCACCUGGCCCUGGGAACUCCACCCGUGCAUCAGAUGAUAAUUGCCCAGAAUCUGACAAGGUUGACCCAGCAACCCCUGCCCCGACCUCUGAGUGCCCCAUCCAAGACAAGGCUAUCAAGGAACGCGCACCAGCCAAGAGCCUUUCCGUCGAUGAAUCUUGCUCAUCUCGUCAUGAUGAACCCUCAACUCCAGAUUCUGGUUGUCAUGUUAUUUCUCCAGCUGAGAGCCCAAAAGCAGAGAGGUUGACGAAGAAGCAAAGGUUUAGCAUGGGUGAAGCAUUUUCUAAUCCAGAAGUGGUGCUUACACAUCAAAUAUUGGAGUCCAGCUUAAACUCUUACCAGCAAGCACACACCAUUUUCAUGCCCAGGGAGCAUUCUAAUCCCACAUCUGGGAUUUCUGUCAGGAAUGUUGAUUUGGAACAAGUUGCUGGGAGUGAUAUGUAGUUGGUAUAUAAAGGACUCCAGGAUUUUCUCAUGUCUUUAAUCAAGUGAAAGAAUGUUGCCAAGGACGGGUGUUUUUUAAAUAGAGGUUCCUGCUUCAAACAGGCCAAUGGAGAACUGUCUUAUUCAAAUUGAGUUGUGAACAUGGGCGGAAAUUAAUACUCCUGCAAUAUCAUUAACCUAGGGCUUGUUCAUCACCGUCCCUCAUUGCCUGUUCACAUCCAGGUUGUCAGUUGGAUAUUUUCCUUUAUGACCAAAAUUCUCAAAUAUGUUAUUUUUAUGGCACAAUUUCUUUUGGUAUUUUGUGUUUCCGUUUCUUUCCUGAUUGCAGUGAGUCAAUGAGUCAUGCACCAUUAGCUGCCG